CGUCUCCGAGGUGCUGGGGCCGGCACGGUGUCUCCUGGGACAGGAGGUGACCCUGAGCUGCUCCAUGGAGGGGACGUUCCCCAAGGACACGGCUGUGACGUGGGAGCGGAUACACGGACAGGACAGGACGGUGAUCGGGACUGACGGGGUCAGCGAGGCCGGGGAGGGGUCUGAGCACCAGCCGCUGUUACACCCCCAGCCCCAGCGCUGGAGAGCGACACAGGAGAGAUCCCCUUGUAAGGACAGAUCAGGGACCUGCCUCGCGGCCUCCCUGAGCUUCACCCCCACGGUGCAGGACGAAGGGGCGCGGGUCAGGUGCAGCUUCCACCACGAGGCCAGUGGGAUCCGAGAGCAGCGAGAGUCCGGGGAGAUCCGGCCGUGGGCCCGGCCGCAGGUGUCCGGGAUCCAGGUGUUACCGCACUGGGAGCCCCGGGACGAGGUGCCGUUUGCCGUCCAGAUCCAGAACUUUUACCCCAGGGAGAUUCACCGGAUCCAGUGGAGCUGGGACAGGGCAGAGAGCGGGAGAGACGAGACCCCAGAAAUCAGCCAGAACCCGGAUCUCACGUUCAGUGCUACCAGCUUCUGGAGAAUCCCCAGUGACCAAAUCACCCGUCCGGAAUUUAUAGUCACUGUGUCCGUUCAGCAAAGCCCCCGAGAGCCCCCGAUCGAGAGAGAGAUCAAAGCCGGGGACACAGGUCUCCUGCGGCCCCCGGAGGUGUCGGAAAUCUCCCAACCCGAGUCAGUGACGGCAGGGGAGGAAAUCACCCUGAGCUGCCGCAUGACGGGGCAUUUCCCCGGGGCGCUGAGUGUGACCUGGCUCAGGAGGGGCUGGGGGGCCGGGACUGCUGUUCCCCUGCAGGGCUCUGCCGAGUACAGAAUCGAUCCCGGAGCUCCCCGCACACAGGACGGGAAAAGCUUCCAGCAGGAGACGAGACUCAGCUUCACCCCCUCGGUGCAGAGAGACCAGGGGGCCGAGUACGUCUGCCGGGUGGGACACAGCACCCUACAGACGCCCCUGGAGAGACGCAGCCGGGAGCUGCAGGUGACAGUCCCGCCGCAGGUGUCCGAGAUCCAGGUGUUACCGCACUGGGAGCCCCCGGAGGCGGUGCCGUUCGCCGUCCAGAUCCAGAACUUUUACCCCAGGGAGAUUCACCGGAUCCAGUGGAGCUGUGGUGAGACAGAGAGAUGGAGAGAAGAGAGCCCAGAAAUCAGGGAGAACCCGGAUCUCACGUUCAGCGCUACCAGCGUCUGGAGAAUCCCCAGCCAGAGCCUGAACCGUCCAGAGCGCAGCAUCCUAGUGUUCGUUCAGCAAAGCCCCGAAGGGCCUGCGAUCAAGAGAGAGAUCAGAGCUGGGGAUACAGGUUCCCAGCUGCAGAUAGUCACAGAUCCCUCCUCCCGGGCCCUGCUGGGUUCUGGGGCACUGCUGGAAUGUCGGUUCGACGUCGGGGGGCCGAUUGAUCUGACCUCCCUGCGGGUUCAGUGGUAUCUGUGGAAAGAGAAGAUCGCGCAGUACGACCAGGGCAGGGGAGAAUCCCAGCCCGGAGCGAGCGUGUCGGAGCAGGAGUUGGAGAACGGGAACGCAUCCCUGUCGCUCUCCAAUGUGAUGGUGUCGGAUGAGGGGCUGUAUAAAUGCGUCGUUGGUUACGGUACGGAGCAGCUGCAGGGAGAGACGACCCUCCGUGUGCUCG